AUGGAUGACGACGACGACGGCGGCGGCGGUCGUGUCUUCCGAUUUAGCCCGGUUCUCGUCGGCCUUCUUGGAGUCAUUGCCGGAGCCAUCGUGGUGGCUACUUAUCAUUUAGUUUACACCAUUUGCACAUGCUUCCGCAGGCCCACGGUGGAGACCGACAAUACUACUACCCAAUAUGUUGUUGACCAAAUUCCACGGGAAAGGCCUCGUCAAAGAAACAGAGGUGCUUCCACAAUACCCACUUUGAUUCCCAUUUUUAGGUACAGCAAAGAUUGCAAUGAAGAUACGUGUGCCAUUUGCUUGGGUGAUUUCAAGGACGGUGAGCAGAUUCGGGUACUGCCAGAUUGCUUGCACUUUUUCCAUGUGGGAUGUAUUGAUAAAUGGCUACAUUUGCACUCCAAUUGUCCACUUUGCCGCGCUGGUACUUCUCCCCCGCAGCAGGUGGCCGUCUCUUUGCCGGAAUCUAGCAUAUCGAUAUCUACGGGACUUGGCAGAUUACCGGAUUUAAGGGUUUAG